AAUCACUUUCUAUAAGUUUGCUCUUCUUCUUUGCCGGCUCACCUUUUCUUAUUAUCACGAUACAGUUUGGCUUGCAAUUGAGGCGUAGUUCUGCUUCUCCUUCUAAUCUGCUUGGCAUAAUUAACUAAUUUGAUUAUCAGUGUCUACUUUCUUCAAUUUCUUCUAUUCAACUUGCAGGAAAUAUUUAUCAAAUCUUCUGAUCACAAAAAAAUAGACUUGCAAUUAAGCAGAUGUAUUGCUUCUCGUACUUGGUUUAAUUUGGUCAUCCUCAUCAAUUUCUUCAACUUCAUCUGUUAAACCUAAAGAUACGUACCGUUUGGUCUGCAAUUGAGUGCGUAGUUCUGCCUUUGCUUUUAAUCUGCUUGGCGUAAGUAAUUUGAUUAUCAGUGGCUUUCUUCAAUUUCUUCUAUUGAACUUGCAGGUAUGUUAGAUCUUCAGUCAUGAUUUUGUGCGCUUAUGUUGUCGUUCUAGUACAUAUUAAAUGAAAGAUAUCUAAAUUCUUUUGUAGAUGCGUGACUUUAUCUUCAAUAUUCUUUGUUAGAUUUUUUAUUUUUAAAUUAUUUUUUAACAAAUUAUUAGAUUUUUUUGUACUUAAAUUUACUUUUACCUAAUUAAUUUAAAUCAUAUUCUACUUUUAUGAAAUACUCUUCAAAUCCUUUGAUUAUUGAGAAAUAGGCUUGUAAUUAAGCAGAACAACUGCUACUUAUAAUUUGCUUGGUUUAAUUUGGUCAUCCUCACCAAUUUCUUCAAUUUCAUUUAUUAAACCUAAAGACAAAAAAAUGAAACGAAUCAAUAAAUAAAAAUCAUUAGCGUAUCAACCUUAAGUUUUUGACUCUCUUAAGUUUUUGUUGAAGUAUAUACUGUGAAAAAAAUAAAAGAGCAGUGUACCAAUAGAUAUACAUCAUUAGCAUAUCAACCUCUACCUAAGUAGUCCACUUUUUUGUUUAAUCUCUAAUGUUUAGUGUAAUUCGCUUAUAACUAAGGUAACUGAAAUUUCGAACUAAAUUGAUUUUGUUUUUAUAUGAUUUUAUAUUUUUUAUAAUAAGAUAAUUAAUUAAAAUAAAUAAUAAUAAUAAUAGCAAUAAUAAUAAAAAUUAUCUAUCUAAUUUUACGUCAACAGACAACUACUACCACUUAACAAAACCUUCCUAUUAAUAAAUUAAGCUUUUUGGUUCGGAACUUGAGCUUUUUGUAAACUGGAACCACAACUCUUUCAGGCAUGUUUGGAUUAACACGUGAGAGUUUAAAUUUUAUACUUUCUUCAUCCAUUAUAUGCGCCACAACGUAUCUUUCUUUCUUUGUACCACAGAGGCUUCCAACACCAACCAUUUCCCUUUUUCAAGUUAUGGAUCUGCAAUGGGCUGACCUUCUCCUGAGUCCCAUCAUCAACACCACAAUUUCCAAGUUGAUUUCCACUGUCGCUGAGCAAAUCAGCCUUGCUGUCUGCUGGAAGGAGGAGCUUGAAACGCUUCAGAACAAACUGCGCACGAUCAAGGAUGUGUUGCUGGACGCAGAGGAGAGGAAGGUGCAAGACCGUGCUGUGAAGGGUUGGCUUGAGAAGCUCAGGGAUGUGGUUUUUGAGGCUGAAGAUGUGCUGGAUGAGGUUGCUUACGAAAGUGAGAAGUGCAAGAUGCAGAAUCAAAACCAAAGGCUGAAAAGGGUGCAUAAAUUCUUUACCUCCAAUCCCCUGCUAUUUCGUAGAGAGAUGGCUGGGAAGAUUAAGAAAAUUAUUGCAUCGGUGGAAGCUAUUAACAAUGAAGCGAGAGAGUUUGGACUCCAAAAUAGACUUGCUGGCACAGUGGUUUCUGAGCAUAGAAGAAACGCACAGACCCAUUCUACUGUUGGUGAUUUAUCAGCGGUUGUGGGGAGAGAGGAUGAUACCUCCAAAAUAGUGCACCUCCUAACUGACUCAUUGGAUGAAUCACAGCUUUCUGUCUUAUCAAUAGUGGGUAUGCCGGGUCUCGGUAAAACCACUUUAGCACAAGCUGUGUAUAAUGAUGAGCCAAUCAAAAACUAUUUUGGUGAAAGGAUAUGGGUUUGUGUAUCGGAUAAUUUUGAAGUAGAGAGAGUUUUAACAGAAAUGCUGGAGUCUCUUACUAAGGAAUCUAGUGCAGUAAUAAACAAAAAUACUGUGAUUCAAAAAAUAAGAGAAGCUAUGAAGGAGAACAACUUUCUUCUGGUAUUGGAUGAUAUGUGGGAUGAAGAGAGUCACGGGAAAUUUGAAGACUUGAGGAGCUGUUUGCGUGGGAUAUGCAAAAGCUCAAGGAAUAGAGUUAUUGUGACAACUCGAGAAGAAAAGGUUGCAUUGAAAAUGAGAAUGCAUCAUGAACCCAUCCAUCGUCUUCGGAAACUACAAGAUGCUGACUGCUGGUCUCUUAUCAGGAACAGAGUAUUUAGAAACGCUUCUCUGUCUCCAGAAUUGGAGAAUAUCGGAUGGGAUAUUGCUCAAUUAUGUGGAGGUGUGCCAUUGGUUGCGAGAGUUAUAGGAGGUAUUUUGUGUACAGAAAAUUUGGACAGAGUCACGUGGUUGUCAAUUAAAAGCCAGAUUGAGGCAUUGGGUCCACUUGAACAUGAUAGAGAAAUGAGAGGUGUGAUAAAAUUGAGUUUUGAUCACUUGCCAGAGCCAGCUUUAAAGCAAUGUUUUGCAUUUUGUUCUAUUUUUCCUAAAGAUUUUGUUAUGGAUAGGGAGAUGUUGAUUCAAUUUUGGAUGGCUAAGGGAUUUCUCCAAUCUGCUGAUGAAAGUCCUAUGACAAUGGAGGACAUCGGUAAUAAGUAUAUAAAUGACUUGUUAUCGUAUUCCCUCUUUCAGGAGGAGGAAAGAGAUUCAUUUGGAAUCCUUAUUAGUUGCAAAAUGCAUGAUUUAAUUCAUGAUUUUGCACAAUUAAUUUCAAAAUCUGAGAUAAUGAUCUGGAAGUCUCAAAGGAAUAUUUCUAAUGUUCGAAAUUUGAAUCUCAUUUAUGGUGUGGGAACAGUGCCAACAAAUUUAAUAGAUGUUGCUCCAAAGCUACAGACUUUGUUUUUAAAGGAUAGUUUUUCUAGUGAUAUGAAGGUGGAUCUUAAAAGUUUACGAAUUUUGAGUUUUGUUGAUUCUGUUGAUGCUAAAGAAUUGCUACCAUGUGUUAGCAACUUUAAGAAUCUGAGAUAUCUAGACAUUUCAAGAACUCAGAUAACAAAACUGCCAAAGUUCAUCCCCAAGCUAUACAAAUUGCAAACAUUUAGAUUCAUGACUUGUAGAUCUCUAGAAAUGCCUCCUGAAGGAAUUGGAAGUUUAAUUAACUUGAGGCAUAUAUACUUUAGUGAUGAAGAACAAAUGCCUGCAAACAUUGGGAAACUAACUUGUCUUCAAACAUUGCCAAUGUUCUUUGUGGGCACAACAAUGGGAUGCAAAAUUGAAGAAUUGGGUAGCUUGAGAGGGCUCAAAGGAAGUUUGAAGAUCUGUAAUCUUGAGCAUGUUAAGGACAAAUCAGAAGCUAUGGGAGCAAAAUUACAUGAGAAGACAAUUUAUGAGUUGAGAUUAAGAUGGGGAAAAGAAAGCAAUCGAGAUGAAGAUGUUUUGGAAGGUCUCCAACCACACUCAGAUCUGCAAGUACUAGAAAUUGAUGGUUAUGGAGGCAAAAACUUACCAUCAUGGAUGUUGAAGAAUGUCUCAAACUGUGAUCUGUUUUUGCUCAAGAAUUUGGCAAAAUUGAGACUUGAAGAGUGCAAGAAGUUAGAAAGUAUUCCAGUAAUGACAGGAUUUUCAUCUCUUCAGAUGCUUUCUAUUUCAAGCUGUGUUGAAUUGGGUAUAAUAGCCGAUGGAGCAUUUGUUAAAUUGGUGUCCCUUAAAGAAUUACGCAUAUUCAAUUGUCAUAAGUUGGAAAGGGUUUCAUCAAAUGGUUUAUCAUUGCCUCACUCACUCUUAAUUCCAGAUUGCAAAGAGUUGAAUAGCCUAUCAACCUCCACGUGUUUAAAAGUUUUAUCUUUCCGUUUCUGUGAAAAUCUAAGGUCCAUUCCAAGUCUAUAUGGGCUAAGUUGUCUUGAAGAGAUAUUAUUUAUAGAGUGUGGAUUAGAGCAUCUACCGAGCGGGCUAUCAUCUUGCAUUGCUCUUAAGAAGUUAAUAAUAGCCGGUUGCCGUAGCCUGAUCUCUAUUCCAGAAGAAUUGAAGGAAAUACAUUCUUUGGUUGAUUUGUGGAUUGAUUCCUGUCCAAAAUUGAGGAACAUCCCAGAAAAUACCCUCAAUUCCCUUACCAACUUGAAGAGAUUGACGUUUGGUGGCUUCUCGGAAGAGUUGGAGGAAUUCUCUGCUUUUGGUUCCAUCCACAGCCUCCAAGGAUCCCUUGAAGAGUUGCGCUUGACUGGAUGGGGAAAACUAACUGAGUUUCCACCUGAAAUUCAAAACCUAAACCUUACUGCUCUAAAACAGCUGGCAAUUGUAGAUUUCGAGGAAGUGGAGACAUUACCGAAGUGGUUAGGAAGCUUAUCCUCUCUUAAAUCACUACGUAUUUGGAGUGGCCGUCGAUUAAAGUAUCUACCAAGUGGGCUGUCGUUCUUCACAACUCUCGAGCACCUUGGCAUAUACGGAUGUCCUAAUCUGGUCUCUGCUAACUUAGAGGAGAUCCUUGGCGGCCUUGCUUGCUUGAAGAAAUUAUGGAUUGGUGGUUUCUCAAAAGAGUUGGAGGAAUUCCCAAGUCUGAGUUCCAUUCACAACCUCGGCACUUCCCUUGAAGAAUUAUUUUUGUAUGGUUGGGAAAAGCUAACUGAGUUGCCACAUCAAAUUCAAUACCUCACUGCUCUAAGGCGCUUGCUUAUAUCUGCUUUCGAUGGAGUGGAAGCUUUGCCAAAGUGGUUGGAAAACCUGUCAUCUCUUCAAGAUCUAGGGAUUAGGCAUUGCAAGAAUCUGAAACAUCUCCCUUCUGCAGAAGCGAUUCGAUGCCUCUCCAAAUUGACAUACCUCUGCAUUUCUAAGUGCCCAGAGUUAGAGAUAAGAUGUAACAAGGAAAGAGGCCCCGAGUGGCACAAGAUUUCUCACAUUCCAACAAUCAAAGUGAAUGGAAAGUACAUAUAAUCACAAGAUUUAGGUUUCCAAGAGCCGAAUGCUGAAGAAUAAAUAAUCGGUUGAUUGGAAGGAGGAUUUAUAGAAUUCAGAAAUGAACUCCAACGACUAGAAUUUCUUAGCUUCUAGCUUCAGAUAAUUAAUUUUGUGAAUUAUAGUUGUGUUCUUGCCAAUUACCUUAGUGUUAUUUGAAAUACUAUCCUUUCUCAUAGCAAAACCUAUUGUUGUGAAGCAGAGAGUUGCAUGAAAUUAACAACACGAAAAUUCAUUUUUGGUUAUGAAGCAGAAGAUUGUAAAAGAUGAGUCAGCUAUUAUGUUUGUUGGCUUUAUAUCUGUUUAGGUCUUAAAUAUACCUAACAGAUCCUCAUCCAAUAAGUUAGGCAAUGGCCGGGGAAUGGUAGAAAUGUAGCUUCACCAAGGGAAAAUCAUUUUGUAUAGGAUGUUCUUAGAGGUGCUCAAUUUUAAUCAAUAGGGAAGAUAUCUUACAUCUAUCAUGUGUUCAUUUUGAAGGAAAAUUGUUGCAGGUAAGUGGUCAGGCCAAAUUUUACUAGUUAUGGUUCAUUUAAAACGCAUAUGCUCUUUCAAUAUUCCUCAACAUCAGCUGCACAGUUGAAUGAUUUCUGUAACAAAACCUUUUAAAAAGAAUUUGUUUCAGUGUUUGAUUUUGAGAAAUUUAUAUGACUACUGGCGCAAUUAAGGUCAUUUACCUUCUGAUGUAGUAGAAGUCUACCAUUCAGUGAAGAUGUGAAGAGUAGGUCAAUGGUGGAUACUUGUAACAUAUGUGAGGAGCAAGCCCAUGGUGGAUACUUGUAACAUUGUCUUGGAUGACAUGUGCUUAAAUAUAAUCUUAACUCGCCCUAUGCAUCAAGGGAAGGAGAAAGACAUACGAGGAUUACUGCAGCAAGAGGCAUGUUAAGAUGGUUCUCUUUAGGGUUUUCUUAAUGUAUAUUGGUUUUGCUCUAAAGAAAAACUAAGAAAAUAGGAAGCAGAACAACUGAACUAUUUCAUUGAAGAUUGAAAUAUGUACAAGUCUGGUAUAACAGACAAAAACAAAAUGGCAGUAAAGUAUGUGCAAACUUGCUGUCACAACUUUAACACUCAAGGUACUUGGAUCAUGGGGAAUCAUUGCAUUAUGUGUUCUUAAAUGAGAGGUGUUAUUAUUAUUGUUGUUGUUGUUGUUGUUUCAAAGUAUUUUAGGUUUUAUGUUUUGGAAAAAAAAAUAAACUUAAGACAGUCAU